AGUUCCCCAAUCCUGUAAACAGCGGCGAUUAUCGUUGGUGAGCACUGCUCAGCUUUUCGUUUUUAUUAUAAUUUUACACAUUACCGACAUAAACUAGAAAUUCUGUAGUAAAACACGUUGUUACAACAUCGCCUGGCAUUGAUUGAGUUGACGAAGCGUCUUAGAGGGGGGUUUAAUACAAGGGUUAGUUCCAGCAUGGCGGAUGGAGAAGGCUUUGUGGUGAGAGUCAGAGGUUUGCCCUGGUCCUGCUCUGUUGAUGAAGUUCAGAGGUUUUUCUCAGAGUGCAAAAUUGCAAGCAAUGGGACGAGCAUACACUUCACAUACACACGGGAAGGACGACCAAGUGGAGAGGCAUUUGUCGAGUUUGAAUCGGAGGAAGAUCUCAAAAUUGCAGUGAAGAAAGAUCGUGAAACCAUGGGCCACCGUUAUGUAGAAGUAUUCAAAUCCAAUAGUGUUGAGAUGGACUGGGUUCUGAAGCACACCGGACCAAACUGUCCAGACACAGGAGGGGACGGCUUGGUUAGGCUUCGCGGUUUGCCCUUCGGAUGCAGCAAGGAGGAAAUCGUCCAGUUUUUUGCAGGGUUGGAAAUCGUGCCAAAUGGGAUAACAUUGCCGGUGGACUUCCAGGGGAGGAGUACGGGGGAGGCCUUCGUGCAGUUUGCUUCACAGGAUAUAGCCGAAAAGGCUCUAAAGAAACACAAGGAAAGAAUAGGGCACAGGUAUAUAGAGAUCUUCAAGAGCAGCCGUGCGGAAGUACGCACACAUUAUGAACCCCAGCGGAAGGUCAUGGGCAUGCAGAGACCGAGCCCCUAUGACAGGCCAGGGGGUGGUCGAGGAUACAACAGCAUGGGCAGAGGAGUCUCCUUUGAAAGAAUGAGACGUGGAGGCUACGGUGGAGAUGGUCGUUAUGGAGAUGGGGGCUCCUCCUUUCAGAGCACAACAGGACACUGUGUGCAUAUGAGAGGCCUUCCUUACAGAGCCACAGAGACGGACAUAUACAACUUCUUCUCUCCGCUGAACCCGGUGCGUGUUCAUUUAGAGAUUGGUCCUGAUGGGAGAGUUACAGGAGAGGCGGAUGUAGAGUUUGCCACGCAUGAGGAUGCAGUGGCUGCCAUGUCCAAAGACAAAGCCAAUAUGCAGCACCGUUAUGUGGAGCUGUUCCUAAACUCCACAGCUGGAGGUGGAAGUGGAGGAUAUGGUGGUCAAAUGAUGGGCGGUAUGGGAAACCAGUCGUCAUACGGACACAGCAGCCAACAGAUGGGCUCAGGCUAUGGCGGCGGUUAUGCUAACCAGAGUGGCAUGGGGGGCUACAGUGACUACAGUAAUUCGGGUGGAUUAGGCAGCAGUUACUACGGCGGAGGAAGCCGCGGAUCCAUGGGAAUGAAUGGAGGCUGGGGGAUGUAGCGGCUCUAUUUCAGCAGUGUCCUCUUUCAUUGGUUUGUACUUUGUUCCCUGCUCCAGUUCAAGUUGUGUUCGGAGCACAAGAGUUUUCUGUUCCUUGUUGACGUGUUAUUUUGAAGUUUUCUGAAACGUGACGCUCCCACAAGACGUGCCUGUGAAUGUGUUUUUACAAUUGAGCAUAUUGAUUUUAGUUUCCUCACCGGCCAAUGUUAUCAAAGCCUUUACAAGUUGACGUCUUCGCACAUGGAGGUGAUUGUAGCACAUCAUAUCUAUAAAAUAGUUUGUUUAUGUUCAGGAGGGAAUGAAAAUACUUUUGUAUUAUUUUAAAGCAUGAUGGGAAGGGUUUUGCUUGGGUGCAUGUUGCUUUUUGUUCUUCCCAAUCUACUGUGAUUUCAGUGUGGUCAAGCAAAAGUUUACAAAUGUCUGAUUUCCUCAUGUCUUCACAGAGUGAUGAAUACGUUAGCGGCAGUGUUUAUUAAACCGUACACAAU